UGUCUUUCCAUUUAUUCAAGUCCUCUUUUAUGCCCCUCAGAAAAUUUUGUCAUUUUCUUUGUAUAGGGACCCAAAUGUUUCUUGUUAAAGUUAUUCAUGGGUAUUACGUACUUUGUUGCUAUUGUGAAUGGCAACUUUUUUCUAUUAUAUUUUAUAACAAGUUCAUCCUGGAAUAUAGAUUUUUAUACAUAUGUUUAUACUGUUGCAGCUGCCUGGCAGGAUGGGAGCCAUGAAAGUGAUGAAUCUCUACCAGAAACAAACCCCAAAGGAGAUUGAGAAGAGGAGAAAGGCCCCUGCUUCUCCUGUCUCUCUCCCUCCAAUAGCUGGAGGGUCCUCCCCACUGACCGAGCCCAACCGGAAGUCAGGUGCCAGACAAGUUGCCUAUCUCCCUAAAUCUAGGGGACUCACUCCAGGUGCCCUCUAUUGGAGCAAGCCCGGCCGGCGCGCCUGACGUGGACCAUUAAACUUGGAGCUGCCGCCUCGUCCCCUCUCCUCCUCCUUCUGACAGGCGAGAACGAGCGACUCGGUGCAGGCAGGAGACGUGCUGCCGGGCUGGGUGGCCCGGGGGCGAUGACUUCUCGGCAGGAGGGCGCCUCUGGGGAGAAGACCACGGUGGCAGCAAAGUUUCGGGGCAGCUGAGGAGCCUUCGCUGCAGCCCUUCUGAGCCCAAUCACUCCCCUGGCUAUGGAGGGUGGACUCUAAAAUGAAUCCCGACCUGGACACCGGCCACAACACAUCAGCACCUGCCCACUGGGGAGAGUUGAAAAAUGCCAACUUCACUGGCCCCAACCAGACCUCGAGCAACUCCACACUGCCCCAGCUGGACAUCACCAGGGCCAUCUCUGUGGGCCUGGUGCUGGGCGCCUUCAUCCUCUUUGCCAUCGUGGGCAACAUCCUAGUCAUCUUGUCUGUGGCCUGCAACCGGCAUCUGCGGACGCCCACCAACUACUUCAUUGUCAACCUGGCCAUCGCCGACCUGCUGUUGAGCUUCACCGUCCUGCCCUUCUCAGCUGCCCUGGAGGUGCUGGGCUACUGGGUGCUGGGGCGGAUCUUCUGUGACAUCUGGGCUGCCGUGGACGUUCUGUGCUGCACGGCGUCCAUUCUGAGCCCGUGUGCCAUCUCCAUUGAUCGCUACAUUGGGGUGCGCUACUCCCUCCAGUACCCCACAUUGGUCACACGGAGAAAGGCCAUCUUGGCUCUCCUGAGUGUCUGGGUGUUGUCCACGGUCAUCUCCAUUGGGCCUCUCCUUGGGUGGAAGGAGCCGGCACCCAACGAUGACAAGGAAUGCGGGGUCACCGAAGAACCCUUCUACGCUCUCUUCUCCUCCCUGGGCUCCUUCUACAUCCCUCUGGCGGUCAUUCUGGUCAUGUACUGCCGGGUCUACAUCGUCGCCAAGAGGACCACCAAGAACCUGGAGGCAGGGGUCAUGAAGGAGAUGUCCAACUCCAAGGAGCUGACCCUGAGGAUCCACUCCAAGAACUUUCACGAGGACACCCUCAGCAGUGCCAAGGCCAAGGGCCACAACCCCAGGAGUUCCAUAGCUGUCAAACUUUUUAAGUUCUCUAGGGAAAAGAAAGCAGCCAAGACCUUGGGCAUUGUGGUCGGCAUGUUCAUCUUGUGUUGGCUACCCUUCUUCAUUGCUCUACCACUUGGCUCCCUGUUUUCCACCCUGAAGCCCCCGGACGCCGUGUUCAAGGUGGUGUUCUGGUUGGGUUAUUUCAACAGCUGCCUCAACCCCAUCAUCUACCCGUGCUCCAGCAAGGAGUUCAAGCGCGCCUUCGUGCGCAUCCUCGGGUGCCAGUGCCGCGGUCGCCGCCGCCGCCGCCGCCGUCGCCGACUGGGCGGCUGCGCCUACACCUACCGGCCGUGGACGCGCGGCGGCUCGCUGGAGCGCUCGCAGUCGCGCAAGGACUCGCUGGACGACAGCGGCAGCUGCCUGAGCGGCAGCCAGCGGACCCUGCCCUCGGCCUCGCCGAGCCCCGGCUACCUGGGCCGCGGCGCGGCGCCGUCCGUCGAGCUGUGCGCCUUCCCCGAAUGGAAGGCGCCCGGCGCCCUCCUGAGCCUGCCCGCGCCGGAGCCCCCAGGCCGCCGCGGCUGCCACGAGUCGGGCCCGCUCUUCACUUUCAAGCUCCUGGCCGAGCCCGAGAGCCCCGGGACCGACGCGGGCACCAGCAACGGGCAGCCGGGCUUCAAAACCAACAUGCCCCUGGCGCCCGGGCACUUCUAGGGCUCCCGCCGCUCAGCUUCCUUUCCCUGGGGAGGAAAUCAUCGUGGG